GAAUCACAACCUCGAUGGCAAGCUGCAUACCGAAAACCUCAAACCAACAUCAAACAUGGCAACGGGAGGAUCGCAUUUUAACGGACACCGGGCGCCGAGGCUGUUUGGCAGGGAAAGGCCCGUCCAUGCCGCCCUCGGUGGACGCGAAGCGGCGGACAUCAUCCUGUGGAGGAGGCCCAAGGUUUCGGCGUCGAUCCUCGGCGCGGCGACGGCGGCGUGGGCUCUGUUCGAGGUGGCGGAGUACCACUUCCUGACGCUGGCGUGCUACGCCGCCAUGAUCGCCAUGCUCACCUUCUUCAUCUGGACCAACGCCUCCGCUUUCAUGAACCUGCCGGUUCCAAGGAUCCCUGAGACGAUCCUGUCGGAGAGGACGGCGAAGCAGGUGAUCCUGGGCCUGCACCGGAGGCUCACCUGGUUCGUGCACCGGCUGUACGCCAUCGCCUGCGGGGAGGACAUCAAGAAGUUCAUCAUGACGGUGGUGUCCCUGUACAUCGCGUCGGUCGUCGCGACCUGCUUCAGCUCCCUCACCCUGCUCUACCUCGUUGUGCUGUGCACGAUGACGGUGCCGGCGCUGUACGAGCGGUACGAGCACGAGGUGGACCACCUGGUGGCCACGGGGGCGCGCGACGUCCGUACCCACUUCGCCAAGAUGGACUCCGGCGUGCUCAGGAAGAUCCCCAGGGGCAAAGGUGCCACCACCGCCGCACACGGGACGACGGCCAACAACGUGCACGGGUGGCAUCGCUCACACGUCAACUAAACCUGCCCAGCCAACAACAUGUCACUGCUAACUAACCUGUAAUAAAGUACAGUACAGAGUGAGCGAGCUGCAGACAGACGUAAAUCAAGGUUCAGAACAAGGCCUGAACGAACCAACAUGCAGAGAGCGAGCAGCUCUGCAGACGGAUGUCGAUUUAGGUUCAGAAUAAGACCUGAAUGUAAGGUGUUUCGUUAUUGUUACCAUCCUACAUGAUGAUGCGUACAUGCAUGCAUCCAAUCCGCCCGUGCGACCACGGUGAUCCUGUAAAUCUACUCUAUCAACGCAUGCGUGCGCUUUACGGUGGUGCGAUAUCUUCUUUC